GUCCCGUCGCAGUCGCACGGAAACGCGUCCGCGGUGCACUAGGCGUACGUCGUACGGGUGUGUUCUCGACACGUCGACCGCGCGCGUGCUCGUUCGUUGUCUCGCGCGCAUCGUUCGUUUCCGCCGUCGUCUCACCGUUUUUUUCGGCUUUCCCGUCCGUUGUUUACGUUUCGUUUUUUUUUUUUUUCACAUCACGAGUCGGCCGACGAACGUUGUUGUCGGACCCCUCGGUGUUCUCCACGUUGUUUGCAAACCCUCCCUCCUCCUCCCCCGCCUCACCGCGCGACCGCUACCGCGUUCAUGUACGCGAGAACUCGGACUUUCGGUCAGCCGCCUCAAGCGCCCGUGGCCAUGCCGUCGCAGCCGGCCCUCAACCGGCCGAGAGGAAUGUUCGCUCACAAAAAGAUUUCGGGGUUUCUGCAAGACGCGGACGAUUCGGACCUGCACCACGAUAUGAGCUCGGUGAUCGAGAAUUUCCAGAAAAAGAAUAGCGUCGGAUCCAUCGGUCCUUCCGCGGCCAUGGCAGCAACGACCUCAAUGAUGACCGCCGGCACCACCACCGGCAAUCACAUGGCCUCGUCGUUGCAGCAGCAGCAACAGGAGCAGCAGUCGUCCUCGUCGUCGCUCCAGUCGUCCUCGUGCUCGCGGUUGAUGGAGUCAUCGUCGUCGCAGCACGUGGUCCAUCAAGUGUCCGAGACGACCACCACGUCGUCCUCGUCUUCGCUGUCGUCCGAACUGCAGAACUCGUCGUCAGAGCUGCUGGAACGACGGGUGCAGCUGCAGGCCGGUGAUGUGACCGAUCGCCACUGCCCGGCCGGAGCGGACCAUCCGUCCGAUCCGCUGGUCACGUUCCCCGAAUCGCCGCCUGUGCUCAUAUCCAAAGCGUCGCCACUGCUCCAGACGUCCGCAGCGACCCGUCCGACGCCGGUCAGACUGCUGCCGCAGACCAACGGUCAGACUAAGUACGGCGCGGCCGAGCGUCGUGUGUCCACCGCGUCGUCCAAGCUGGUCAAGGAGGAGUACGAGGCGUUGUCGUCGUCGUCGUCGUCCAACAGCAGCACCGUGUCCGAUACGACGCAGGACGUGCUGCAGUCGUUGCACCACGCGGACGUGCGCAAAUUGCACGCGGCCAACGCGAUGAUCCGGGCCAAGCUGACCGGGACGAUGGUCGAACGCGGCACCGACACACUACAGAAAGCUACAAGCGCACAGCAGCAAAGACAAACCAUCACCUCGUCGGGAAUGUUCAACCAAGAGAAACACAUUGCGCAAUCGUCGCAGUCGAACUUCACGUUCACUAAAAAAGGCAUCAGCACGAGUUCACAGGCCGUAUCGUCAGCUACUUCGCAGUCGUCGCACAACGGAUCGUCGUCCGGCAAUGGUGGAUCGUCUCCUCCGUCAGUGCACCUGAUGGUGAGAACCGUUGACGAUCUUCUGAACACCAGUUUCGACGAUCUGGACCGGAUGCGAGAGUUCGCCAACCCGACGGACGUGGAGAACGCUAUAGCAAAGUACUCGAAGUACCUGGAAACCGCGGUCCAUGGCUUGACGAGCGGCAAGUACGCUGAGGUCAGAGGUCUGACGAUGCUCGACAAAAUGUUUGAGAUGAUAUGCAAAGCGUGGGCCGUGCCCACCUACGAGCUGGGCUACGCGUUGUGCAACACGUUCAGGGACUGCGGUGGCAUGGACUUGCUGAUGAACAAUUGCGUAUCCAAAGACAACAAGCUGCAGUUUUCCAGUGCCAGGUUGCUGGAGCAAUGCCUGACGGCGGAGAACCGCACUUACGUGGUUGAAAACGGACUGGAAAAGGUGGUGAACUUGGUGUGCGAGUACAAGAGCCAAGUGAGCUCGGCCGAUCAGUCGAAAGUUAGCACCGGCAUCUUGGAACACCUGUUCAAGCACAGCGAGGUGACGUGCAGCGACGUGAUCAGGUUGGGUGGGCUGGAGGUGCUACUGUACGAGUGCCGACGGCGGGACAUCGCAACGUUGCGGCAUUGCGCGGGCGCGCUGGCCAACCUGUCGUUGUACGGCGGUGCGGAGAACCAAGAGCUGAUGAUCAAGCGCAACGUGCCCACGUGGCUGUUCACGUUGGCGUUCAACACGGACGACAACAUCAAAUACUACGCGUUCCUGGCCAUCGCGGUGCUGGUGGCCAACAAGGAGAUCGAGGCGGCCGUGCUCAAGUCGGAGACGCUGGACCUCAUCGACCCGUUCGUCACCACGCACACGCCGUCCGAGUUCGCCAAGUCGAACCUGGCGCAUGCACAUGGCCAGAGCCACCACUGGCUGGAACGGCUGGUGCCGGUGCUCAACUCCAUAUGCGAGGAGGCGUGCAACCUGGCCGCAUUCCACUUCUGCAUGGAGGCCGGCAUUAAGAAGCAGCAGGGCAAGACCAGCAUAUUUCGCGUCAUCAACGCCAUCGAGCCUCUGAAGAAGGUGGCCAGCUGCCCGAAUGCGAUCGCGUCUCGGUUCGCCGCACAGGCGCUGCGGCUCAUCGGCGAGGAGGUGCCGCACAAGCUCAGCCAGAAGGUGCCGCUGUGGUCGCCCGAAGACGUGCGCGAAUGGGUUCGGCAGAUCGGGUUCGGUGAGGUGUCAAGGAACUUCGUGGACAGCCGCGUGGACGGUGACCUGCUGCUGCAGCUCACCGAGGACAACCUCCGCCAGGACAUUGGCAUCAGCAACGGCAUAAUGCGCUGCAGGUUUAUGAGAGAAAUAUACUGCUUAAAACGAUUGGCCGACUACAGCAGCCGAGACUCGACCAAUCUGAACUCGUUCCUACAGUCCAUCGGACCGGAGUUUUCCGUUUAUACGUAUUCGAUGUUGAACGCUGGCGUCGACAGAGAUUCGAUCAGGUCAUUGUCGGACGAACAACUGUCGAGGGAGUGCGGAAUCACGAACAGCAUUCACCGGUACAGGAUACUAGACGCGAUCAGAGACAUGGAGACGUUCAUGGAAAUGUCGUCGUACGAGGAGAGCACGAAGAAAAACUUGGACGUGUUCAUCAGUUACAGACGUUCGACUGGAUCUCAAUUGGCCAGUUUGCUCAAAGUUCACCUGCAGCUCCGGGGGUAUUCGGUGUUCAUCGACGUGGAACGCCUGGAGGCCGGCAAGUUUGACAACAACCUAUUGCAGAGCAUCAAACUGGCCAAGACGUUCCUGCUGGUGCUGACGCCGAAAGCGUUGGACCGGUGCGUGGGCGACAACGAGUGCAAGGACUGGGUGCACAAGGAGAUCGUGGCCGCGAUACAAGACCAGUGCAAUAUCAUCCCGAUAAUGGACAACUUCGAGUGGCCCGAGGCGGAGACGUUGCCGGAGGACAUGCGCAACAUAUGGAAGUUCAACGGGGUGCGGUGGAUCCAUGAUUACCAGGACGCGUGCGUGGACAAGGUGGAGAGGUUCAUGCAGGGCGAGACGAACGGGAUCCGGGACGGGGCCAGCUCGGGCUUGUCACUGAACCGGUCGGGCGGCGGAGGCCCUUCGACCAUCAAGAGCGACCCUUCGGCUCCGAACACGCCGUUGAUGAUGGGAAGAUCACCGCCCACGUACCAGCGGACCCAGUCCAACGACAGUGAACGGGACCUGAACGGUAGUAAAGAUUGACUAGCGGCGAACACUUCCAGGUACGAUGACGGCGAUGCGGUUCAAGUUUUUUUUGCCACCCGAACCCGUCGCUCCUCGUGUCCGUCCGCUUGUUGUCGUAUGCACCGAUCCUGCAGCAGCGUGCGGCGAUAUCACGGCUAGGUGCGUAAAAGACGAAAAACCGUUGAAAAAAAAAAAAAGAAAAACAACGACCGCCCUCGGACGCGACAGUACACGUGUAAACUUACUUGUGCUUACUGUCACGCGUUUCGCCGCACGUCACCUGGCGCUUGUGUUCGUCUCCUCCAAUCCGCCGCCACUGCCGUACACAUAACGCCCGACCGAGUUCUUCACACGCUUCCACCUAACCCGUGAACGCCGGCAUAGUGUAGUAACAACGCGUCGUUUGCAGAUACCGGAAGUGUUCGCGACAACCGGCGGCGCGGAAGCCGCCCAUGAGCCCGACGUCCGGUCACGGCGGCAAGAGCAAGAAGCGCGCCCGGAGCGUGGAAGGUCUGCUGGAGACGACCGCCGUGGCCGCGUCGUCGCCGCCAUCGCAGGCGCAGGCCCAGAUGAAGAAGGCCAGGAGCUUAGAGGAGUAUCUGGAUAGAUGCGACGGGGACGCGGAGGAGGACGGCAACAGUGCGUCCGCGUCCGCCACCGAUAGCCUCAAGAAACGGACUAACUUCGUGGACAAGUGCAUCGUCAAGAUGAAAUCGCUGAUGGCCGGUCACCGGCCGAAGGACGGCGGCGGCGGGGACUCGUCGAAGUGAUGACUUGGCCGAAGUAACUUCGGGGGUCGACGUAACAUAACCCUAAGAACAAUGUAAUUUUAAUUAUACAUAUAUAUAUAUAUAUGUUUAGUGUAUAUACGUGGUGUACAUAGUUUUUACGUAGAUGUAAUGUGAUUAUCGUUUUUACAUUUUUUUAAUGCUUGUGUUCACCUACUGUUCGUACCUUAUAAUAUAUGUAUAUUUUUUUAAACCUCUAA